GUACCAGCAUUUGGUUAAAAAGAAGAGGGCUGUUUAUUGUCACAUCAUAUUCAAUACAACCCAGAGAAAAUUCUAUGUAUUCUAUCCAUCCCUGUGAGGCAGCGUGGCACCCAACAACCAACUAGAACAACUGUGGUAGAAUAAAGUAAAAAUCAUCAACAUGUCGUUACACCCUUCCAUGUCAUGAAUAUUAUCACUAAUCUGUAAUUUGUGUUCUAAAACUAUAGUCAUGUAAUGAGCUGCAUGAUAGAAUUCUGAAACAAACAAUAAACACUUGAUGGUUUAACUCUGAACUAACAUAUGAAACUUUUUUUUGAAGUACACCUUAGCAGAUCAUGUAGAUUGUUCAGUCUUUUCACAUUAAGAUUUUAACAGAAAAGGUUGAGCACAAACUCUGCCCAGUAGCUCUAACCACAAGACCACAUCCCCCCUGACAUGUCAGAAGAAGUUUUAUGUUGUGCUUUUUAAAUGACUGAAUAAUGAGCAGUGCUUCUGCGCAAAGAGCAAAAUGGACAAAGCUUGCAACAAUCUUAUAUCUGAGGUUGAGACAGGAGGGCUUCAACCAGGAAGUCAUCUUUGAACAAAUUGUCUGUGUUUUCUACCACCUCUCAUAAGACAGAGCACCCACAAAUGAAAAGGUGAACAAGCUAAAUUUUUUUUACUAAAUUCCUGUCAGAAGAUGAUGAAUAAAACCGCUUGUCCUCGUGUCAGCUAUGACUUCACAGGCAGAUUGCUGCCUCCUGUUUACAUCUUAGUGUUCAUCGUUGGUCUGGUGGCUAAUGGAUGGGGACUGAAGUCUCUGCAGCACAACUGGAAGAAACUAAAGAUCAUCAACGUGUUUGUUCUCAACCUUGGACUUACAGAUGUUUUGUACCUGCUCACACUCCCAUUUUGGGUGGUGUACUACUUAAUGGGGAGUAAGUGGAUCUUUGGAGAAACACUUUGCAAGAUAACAAGAUUCUGCUUCAAUGUGAAUCUAUACGGCAGCAUUGGAUUCCUGACUUGUAUAAGUGUGUACAGAUACCUGGCCAUUGUUCAUCCAGUGAGAACGAUGGGAAGAAUAACUGUCACCCAUUCUGUGAUGAUCUCGGUCAUAGUCUGGCUGUUGGUGAGUGUUCAAAGUCUUCCAGACAUGUUUUUCACCAAGGCACCUAGAAACAACACUGGAAAAUGCUUUGAUACCACGGGUAAUGUCCACGUUGAGAAUUACCUGAAAUACAGUCUUGGAUGGACCCUCACUGGCUUUUGUAUCCCGUUCCUCAUCACAUUGGGCUGCUAUGGACACGUGGCUGUAGUUUUAUGGACACUGAAGAGAACUGAUAAGGUACUGAAACAGAGAAGCUUGAAGUUGGUACUCAUCAUGAUUCUUCUCUUCUCUGUUUGUUACAUCCCCUAUCACGUAUUCAGAAACUUCAACCUCUUGGCAAGAGUUCUGCUCAAACAGGGGAUAUGCCGUAAAUGGUAUAGUGGAGUCUACAUUGCUCGUCGGAUAAGUCGUGCCCUUGUGUGUCUGAACAGUGCUCUCAAACCUCUUGUUUACCUCCAUGCACAUGAAGAUGUUCCUGCUCAGCUCAGACAGCAGCUCCAGCAAGUUCGUCAGAUGUUAAAGCGUUUGUUUCCAUCAAACUCCGGCUGUUUGCCUGUAGCACACACUGCAGAUGCAGAUGCAGAAGCUAACACAAGUUAGCGUGUUUCACA